GAGGGCGAGGAGGCUCUAAGUUCCUAGGAGGUGGGGGCUAUCAGGAGAGCACGUGAGCACGCACCCUUUCUCCCUGUUUUCCUUUAUUCUUAAGGGUUGGUAGCUGCGGGGACAGCCCGGGGUCGGUGUAUGGCCACGGAAUUACGGUGUCCGGACUCCAUGCCCUGUCACAACCAACAAGUAAACUCUGCCUCUACCCCAAGCCCUGAGCCGCUGCGACCUGGCGACCUGAUCCCAGAUUAUGUGGGGGGAAACAGCCCCUCCAAGGCCAAACCGACUCUCCGCACCAGUCAUGCCCACUCUAGUGUAUUGGGGGAGGGGAGCCCUCAGGCCUGCAGCAGCGCCAGCCUCAACCCGGAGCACAACUGUGGCAGUGGCAACUAUGACGCAUCGGCCGGCGACUCCCUCCUAAGGGACAGCCAACUCUCCUGGCAGAUUGGGGCUCAGCUUAAGCUGCUACCCAUGAAUGAGCAGAUCCGGGAGCUGCAGACCAUCAUCCGGGACAAGACAGCGAGUAGAGGGGACUUCAUGUUUUCUGCGGAUCGUUUGUAUGGCUACAGCCGUGCCUCCAUUUCUCUCCAGGCCUCCACCACAGUUGCUGAUCAGCCCCACCUUUCUGAUCAGGCCCCGUGGAUAGACCCAGAGACACUGAGUGGCAUAGGAACCGACCAAUCAGAACCAAAUAUCAGACUUGUUGUGGAAGAGGGAUUGAAUCAGCUGCCUUAUAAAGAAUGCAUGGUGACCACUCCAACGGGGUACAAGUAUGAAGGAGUGAAAUUUGAGAAGGGAAAUUGUGGCGUCAGCAUAAUGAGAAGCGGUGAGGCAAUGGAACAAGGUUUACGAGAUUGCUGUCGAUCCAUACGUAUUGGAAAGAUCCUGAUUCAGAGUGAUGAGGAGACACAAAAAGCCAAAGUAUAUUAUGCCAAGUUCCCUCCAGACAUUUAUAGGAGAAAAGUCCUUCUGAUGUACCCAAUUCUCAGCACUGGAAAUACUGUAAUUGAAGCUGUAAAGGUUCUUAUAGAACAUGGAGUUCAGCCCAGUGUUAUCAUCCUACUCAGUCUGUUCUCCACUCCUCAUGGUGCCAAAUCAAUCAUUCAAGAGUUCCCAGAUAUCACAAUUUUAACUACUGAAGUUCAUCCUGUUGCACCUACACAUUUUGGACAGAAAUACUUUGGAACUGACUAAGUUGUUAAAGGAAAGUUAAUUAUCUUGUGUAAUAUUACAGUUAUAUUUUGAGUUUCUAUCUGUUUUACUGAUUCACUUGAGGACUGGCAGAGAAAAUUGUGUUAAAGAUGCUUUGUAACUUUUGGAAGUGGGUAUAGUAAAAAGAAAAGAUUUGAGGUUU